AUGGAUGGCUCCAGGAGUGAUCACUUCCUUGUCACGCAUGUGGGAGCUACAUCGGGCCCUCAAAGUUUUUGGCCGAGGCAGGUCAAACAGUUUAGGAGAGAGGGGAAGCAGCGUCGGCGACAAGUGCUUUUGGAUCAGCUCUCCCAGGCGCAGCAAGCUGCCAACUCUUUCUCUCAAGGCAAGCUCUACCGCGUCAUCCGUCAGAUGGCCAAAGCCAAACGGGAGAAAGUUCAGAUUCGUUCGGAAACAGGUGCCCUUAUGACUGUCAAAGAGGAGUUCCGGGAGAUUGCAGGACACUGUCGGCAGGUCUUUGGCCAAGGUGCGCCCAAACAGCGCCGAGCACUCUCUGAACCUCUUCAGCUUGAGGUGAAUGAGGUGAAGCUGGCCAUCACUCAGCUGCAGGCCAGGAAAGGGGUUCCUCGCUCCAGCUUUCCCACUACCAUCUGGAAGGCGUGUGCUGGAUCUUUAGCUGAGCGGCUCUGCCGAGUUGCAAAUUCGCACUGGGGGCAAUGCGACCUUUGGGUGCCGGGCGAGUGGGCGGAUUGCGAACUCCUCAUGAUUCCCAAGCCUGGUAAGGGACGGGAGGUCCUGGAUCUCGGAUUGCCUGGCAAGCCGCUACUUAUCCCCAAGGUGCAACAGAUGACGUUAAAGGUGGCGGCUAUGAAUCGUCAACGCCUACAGAAGAUCCUACAUUCCUCCAGAGUCCUUUCUGUUCGGCAUCGGCUGCGAUUGAACAUGGCGAUGGAGGACGUGGCUUCAGUGGCUCAGCAGGAGAUGCUGGACAUCUUUCCGGCCUCCGCAGGGCAUUCCAAGCAGGGACGCCGAGAAGAGGACAAGGAUACCGAGCAGCCGGCGAAGUUCUCCAAGCAGAGGGAGAAAGGGGGCCAGGGAAAGGGCCAGUGGAACCGGAGCUGGGGGUCGGGGGGACUGGUCCAAAGCCAAGGACCAACAGUCCUCGGAAACCGCGGAGGAGGUCACGGAGCUUGUCAAGCUGCUGGCCAAAGUGGUUCUCAAGCUGGAGGACGACAGCGCGAGGCUUCGAGCGGAAAGCGGGUUUAUCCUAUAUUUCGACACAGGAGCACACGGCAUUUUGCCGAUGCUCCUGGAAGCCUCCCAGAACUGGAAGGCCAAGAAGGAGGAGGGAAAAGUAACGACAUCCCUCCGAGUGGUCCUGCUGCUCUGCGCGCUCCAGGAGCUUCAGACGAGGCUACAGAAUGUGCUGGUGGACGAGACGGUUCGGGCAGCGGUCAUCAAGCAUGGCUGGCUGAAGGACGGCGAGGUGGCCCUGGACCCGGUCUGGACUUUCAUGAAGUGGGAUCCGGAAACCCGGACCCAACUGGAGUCGGGGGAGACUCCCAUGAAGCACUCCAAGCUUCUGGACCAUGUGGAUCGGCUACGCCGGGCGUUUCCGCAGGAAAACGUCUUGCUGCGCUUUCACUCGACCAGGCCCAUGUCCGACACCUAUCAGUCCCCAGUGCUUCCCUUUCUGAUGAGCUUGGGGAUUCGCUCCACCGCCGCGGACCUGGCCUACGAUGCGUGGUCGGACCUGAUAGGGUGCUCGGCGCUACGAAUGAUUGGGCUUCGCCACCGCAAGGAACGCCUGGACAGGCAGCCGCUAGCGAAGGUGUUGACUACCACCUUCCAGAACUCCAGCAUAUGCGACUGGAGGAAGAGGGAGGAGCCCACCCGGAAGCCUCAAGCAGCUCGUGGGAGCGAGGAGGACAAGGAUCUGUGAUUGAGGAGCCUCCCAGGCGGGCACCGACUCCACGUGUGUGGCUUUGUACUGAGGACGCUUAUGCUUGCUUGCCCACUGCAGUUCUGUCUAACACCUCGAAUGUUUGCUACAUGAAUGCUGCGGCGCACUGCAUAUAUUGGAGUGGCAUAUGUGGUCCAAAUCCCUCGCAGGCGUAUGGCACCGCCUCUGGAUGUCUUCGACUUUUGCGCAGCUCUAAGCCACAGCUCUUGCAUCGCACCCUAUCCUGGCGCAACCUGCUUCGAGAUUGGGCGGAGGUCACGAUUCAGCACGAUGCUGCUGAGUUCUUUGCCUAUCUAGUUGCUCGGGCUGUGCCGGUGGCCUGGGACGGAGAAUGGCAGUCUCGGGAGCUACGGCGUGCUGUUGUUCAUGUCCUUGACCGAGGUUCCACUUUUCAGCCUGUUCUUGUACCUUUGGCUGGGGACUCACUUCAGAGCUGCUGGGACUCCUGGGAGCGACAAGCAGCCAUUCAUGCUCUGUGGCGCUCUGGAGGUCUUCUGCUUAUGCAGCUUGGGCGGUACAGAGAGGCAGGCACUAGUGUUUUGAAAGAUACGAGAACGAUCAGUGUUCAACCAGGUCAAACUGUGGCUGUACCUUUCUUUGACCAUGAGGAGGGCACGAUGCAAUGCAGCAUGCAGCCUUUUCGUGUCCUUUUUGUCAUUUACCACCUUGGGAACACGCUGACGUCAGGACAUUACAAGGCUGCGCUGAGCACACCGCCGAGCCUGACCGGGACGUCUCAGUGGAAGUUUCUGGUAUGUGAUGAUAACCGCCCCCCCCAACGAGCCAGUGCAACAGACCUACAAGAAAUUCAACAUAAUGUGUAUCUGGUCGGUUUGCUGAAGCUGAGCGUCUCCAAUUAG